UUCUAUAAUGUAUGUUCUAUAACAGGCACAGUCACAUUCUGAGAGGCUCAGGUCUUUGCACCUCAAAAUACAAGAUUGGUUGAAUAAAACUCUUCACAAAGUGAACCCACUUUCCUGUCAAAAAGGUGUUCAUUUGAGUUGACCGUUGACCUUUUCUCUGUCUCAGGCUGGGCCGAUGCCCAAGCACGUGGCCUUCAUCAUGGACGGGAACCGACGGUUUGCUCACAUUAACAACAUGGAGCGUCAAGAUGGUCACACACAGGGUUUCAACAAAUUGGCAGAGACUCUGCGCUGGUGCAAACAUCUGAACAUCCCAGAGGUGACGGUGUACGCCUUUAGCAUUGAGAACUUCAAACGCACUCAGGAGGAGGUGGACGGUCUGAUGGACCUGGCCAGGCAGAAAUUUGAGAGGCUGCUGGAGGAACGGGAAAACCUGGAGAAACAUGGUGUUUGUAUCCGAGUGUUGGGAGACUUAAACCUGCUUCCCCUGGAUCUCCAGCAGGCGAUCGCCAAAGCUGUGUUGGCCACCAAAAAUCACAACAAAUGUUUCCUAAAUGUGUGUUUCGCCUACACGUCCAGAUAUGAGAUGACUAACGCUGUCAGAGAGCUGGCCUGGGGGGUGGAGCAGGGUCUGAUCAGAUCCAGUGACGUCUCAGAGACCUUGAUCACUGAGUGUUUGUACAGUAACAAGUCUCCGAACCCAGACCUGCUCAUCAGAACAUCUGGAGAAGUUCGCCUCAGUGACUUCCUGCUGUGGCAGACUUCCCACUCCUGUCUGGUUUUCCAGUCAGUUCUCUGGCCUGAAUAUUCCUUCUGGAAUCUGUGCGAGGCCAUCCUCCAGUAUCAGCUCAACCACAAAUCUAUACAGAAAGCCAGAGAAUUGCAUCGAGAACACCAGGCCUCACUACAGCUGGAGGCAGACCGUCUGUGCACAGCAGAAGAGUUACAGCACCAUGGGAAUGGAAAACCUACAGACGCCCAUACCAGACAAGAGGCACUGCUGCACUACAUCACCUGUCGCGAGGAGCGAGUACAAAACUUUCUUACAGCACUGAAGCACAAAAGAGACUUGUUUUUUCACGACUUGUGCAUCGAGGCAACAACAGCCUAGGACAGUUAGGAUAAAAAAAAAAAAAAAAACUGAAACUACAUCUUCUACAUCUUUCUCAUCAUCAUCACCUCCUCCCUAGAGAGGACUUCACUGGAGAAGAAGAUACGCCGUGAAAUCAUGACUAAAUAUAUAAGAAUAAAAACUUUACAGAUGAAUGGCAGUAAUUUCAAAAUGAGAGUAUUUAAAAAAAAAGAUUUGUCAUCAAUGUCAAAAACAAUUUAUGAAAUAACUUUAAAAGACCUUCAUACUGCAACAGGAAAUCAUUGAUUUUUUACACAUCAGUUUUCAUCGAGUAAAUCAUUUUGUUGUGUUUGUAAAAACCCAUCAAUGUGAAAGCAAAAUGUAAACAUCCUGCUCUUUUUCUCAUUUUAAAAAUUUAAAAACUUUUUUGGAUUUAGUCAGACCUGCACGGCAGCAACAAUGAAAACAGUGCUGCUGACAAAAGCCUGGUUGUGACACUAGAAUCCCUCCCAUUAAAAACUGAGGGAACUGUUUGCAUUUUGUAGCAUCUUUAAAGAUACUGGAUGUUACCAGAGAAACAUUCAGCUUGUCCUAUCUCUGGCUAAAAGCAGCAAAGUUAUUUUUCUAUGUCGUGGCUGCUGAGUUCUUGUGUGUUUGGGAAAAAUGGCUGGCUCUUAUGUUAAAUUAAGAUAGAAAUGGUUUCAUGUCAUUUGAUAUUAUUUAAUAUGCCAGCUAAAACCAAAAUAAACGGAUUGUUUACAGUAAAAUAUAAGUAAAAGUCAAACCAAUUGCUUACUUUAUAAUGUAUUUUAAUGAAGUGGGUGGCAUUAGCCACCAUAUAAGUAUAAAAUAAAAAUAACUUUAAAUCUGAUAGGGUUGCCGAUAAAUCUGUUUUUAAAUGUAAAAAAUAUACAUGUUUUGGUAUUUGUUUACGUCGGUCUUACAAGCACCAACAUUGCACCGAUGUUGACGCAUCACUGCAACGCACGGGACUGAAUCUGACUACCUAAUUCCUCCUAAAAUGCAUUUAACUUUUUUAGUUUGUGCUUGUUUUGUUGAUUGAGUGGUUAAAGCAGUAUUUUUGACCUCGGAUAAAACGUCUUUGGGGAAAUUGUGAAGGAUAUUUUCCUCCGUAACCACCAUGGCGGCCUGACAGCUGCCUCGGUAACAAAAAAGGAGGUACAAUGGUCAUGUGACGAUUCUUGUCCAAUGACAGGCGUCUAAAUAGAGAACUGGUUGAAACCAGUCUGGUUCUUCUCUUUCAGUUUGGUUUACGGCUCUAAAAUAGGGGUUUGUUUUAAACCCUCGCCAUUUUACUGUAGCAGUCAGUUAUUGUUCAUUCUGCUCCAAGAAAAGAGGAGGGAAAAUCCAUUUACACUAGGUUAUUUUUUCACCGAGUCGUUUUUUCCAUUUUCCGUCGGAACAAUGGUCAAAUCCAAGUCCAGCGUUCCUCCUGAGCAGAGAAGGGUUUCUGAACGUCUUGCCCAGAAAACCAAAUCUGUCCCUGCAGAGACAAAGAAAAAAGCGGUGGCUAAAGUAAGAAAAAACUGAACAGUUAAUCAUCAGGUGGCGCACUUCCUGCAGUUUACAUAUUGAAAGGACCCAAAGUCAAAAAGGCCAAAACAGCUGAGAAUGGAAACAAGGCUGAGGAGCCAAAAACUCCCGAAAAGGCCACUGAAGCCAAAUGAGCGUCAAGACUUUUUACUUGGUGAUUGUACAGUUUGAGUAAAGUAUUUUUUACCAAGUUUUUUUAUUAAAAAAAAAAUAACAUAGUUGUUUUUUUGUUGUUGCAAUCGAUGAUGUAACAAGUUUGUCACGUUUUGUAUUUUCUUUUUUUUUUCUUUUUUCUGUGUAAUCUUGUUUUUUUUUCUUUGUCACUGAGUCAUUGUUACUUUUCCAAAAACCAAAUUUAAACAAAAGGCAGCUAAAAAAAAGUCCAAAAUUAAAUUGUUUUGACUGUUUUUAUUUUCAUGAGUGAAUAAAUGUGACGUCAGUGUGUUUAAAAAAGAAGAAUUAAUUAGUAUAAAGAUAAAUAUCAACGGUUUAUUUGAUCCAAACCUUUUUGUUUAACUUAUGUUUUAAUCUUUGAUCUCAAUGUUCUGGAAUAAAGCUUUUUAAAAUGUC